AAACACUAGAAAACUCACUAAAGUCCAAUUCGUAAUUGAGGGAAUAAUUAUAAUCCUUAUGCAAGAGGAAUAAAAGCAUCACUUACCUAUAAAAGUAAGAGUAUAUAAGAAUGGCCUUGUUCCUUCACCACCAACAUCAUUGACAUAAAAACUUUCUUCAAUAUUCUUGAAAGCUCAUAACAAUGGCAUUUUUGGCUACCAUUUCUGGCCAUGAAAAUAUGCUUCUUUCCAAUACCCUAAACAAUAACUUUAUUUUCAGUGGAAAACCUCCACAGAGACAUUCUUAUAGUUUCCUCCCCAAGAAAAUCCAGGCUAGAAGUGUUGCAAACUCAUCCAAAACAUUUCAAGUCAAAGAAGAAGAAUUCUCAUCAAAGACAGAGAAAUUCAUCUUGCCUAUGUUUGACUUUAAAGAAUACAUGAAAAUGAAGGCAAUUAAGGUAAACAAAGCACUAGAUGAUGCAAUACCAAUGCAAGAGCCUAUAAAAAUUCAUGAAGCCAUGAGAUACUCACUUCUAGCAGGUGGAAAGCGCGUCCGGCCGAUCCUUUGCAUGGCUUCUUGUGAAGUAGUAGGAGGGGAUGAAUCCUUAGCUAUUCCUGCAGCUUGCGCGGUUGAGAUGAUCCACACCAUGUCACUCAUCCACGACGAUCUUCCUUGCAUGGAUAACGAUGAUCUACGUCGUGGCAAGCCCACGAACCACAAGGUUUUCGGGGAAGACACUGCAGUUCUAGCAGGGGAUGCACUUUUGUCUUUGGCCUUUGAACAUGUAGCUACCAAGACUAAAGAUGUGACACCCCAAAGAGUGGUUCAAGCCGUUGGCGAAUUAGGUUCAGCCGUUGGCUCGAAAGGGCUUGUGGCGGGGCAGAUUGUGGACUUAGCUAGUGAGGGAAAACAAGUGAGCCUAACUGAAUUAGAGUACAUUCACCACCAUAAGACAGCGAAACUUUUGGAGGCGGCUGUGGUUUGUGGGGCAGUAAUUGGGGGAGGGAAUGAGAUUGAUGUGGCGAGAAUGAGGAACUAUGCUAGAUGCCUUGGCCUGUUGUUUCAAGUGGUAGAUGAUAUUCUUGAUGUUACUAAGUCAUCAGAAGAGUUGGGAAAGACAGCUGGUAAAGACCUAGUGACUGAUAAGGCUACAUAUCCUAAGUUGAUGGGGCUUGAAAAAGCUCGGGAGCUCGUCGGAGAGCUGGUGGCUAAGGCCAUGGAUGAGCUGAGCUACUUUGAUGCCGCCAAGGCGGCACCUCUUUAUCAUUUUGCUAAUUAUAUUGCACAUCGCCAGAAUUGAUUGACUGAAAAGUUCAUGGUGAAGACACUGUGUAUACAUAAAUGUAAUAGAACUGAACUUCAGGUCAUAUUUCUACUUAUGGAUCCAAGUAAAAGAAAAUGAAACAUGGGUAAUAGAGAGACCUAAACUUUUACCUGGUAACUAAGUGGGACAUUUUUUAUGUGGGAAUUCAGGGAUCACCUAAGUUGCUCCGACGAGGCAGUUUAGGUACCGCACCCGUGUUGACACGACACUAGUGUAGGUGUGGGUAUGGGAUUUGUACCGGAUUUGGUCAAAUAGUUUUGGGUACUUUGACCACGACUGACGGAAAAAUUAGAUACGAAAUACAAUUUGAUUCGAGAAAUCAGAACUAAAACUAGAGUAAAUUUAAAGAAAAUAGCAUAUUAUAUCUAGGAUAUCAUCAUUUACUUAUCUACAACUUGAGAAUAAAAAAGCAAUCCCCACUUUACAAGCUAUAUGUAAGUAUUCCACAAAAUUCUUUUUAGCCGGAUCCCCGCACCCAUAUCUGUAAUAGGAUCAGUAUCCCCGAAUCUUAGAAUUUACAUCUCGAAGGAUCCAACAUCUAGAUCCGCACCGGUGACGGACACCCCCACCCGUGUCCAAGCAACUUAGGGGAUCACAUAGAGCUUUGGAAGUUGUCAGAUCCAACAGUAUUUUCACUAGACAGAAAUCCAAACUAUCUAGGAGUAUGCACGGAAAAGAAAUUUAAACAUGCUUUAAUCACAAUAAAUCUGCAUUUUGCAGCAUCAUUCAACAAGAACUUCUCACCAAGAAUUUUGAUCUUCCUGCGAUUCAAUGACAGAUGCUCUCUACUAUUCCCUCAUGGGCUAUUUUCUCAUUCUUUUUACAACGUUCGUGUCCAAGGCAAUGUGGCACAUUUCGACUAUUCUAGUGGGGUACCUGCUACCUUCUACCAAUACAGGGAAGCAAAAUUAGAAACAUGAAACCUCAAUGAAAACUAAGAGUAAGUUCAGCUAUCUAAACAUUGAUCAAAUUAGAUGUCAUAGGUAUAGGCUUUAGCUCAACUGCCUUUAUCAUUGCUAUAGCCUAUAUUAAUAACUACUAACGAUAGUCACCAGAUGUUGCCAAUAUUGCAUGGAAUUUCAAUUCAUGGAUCAUCCUAUACAUAGCUCGAAAGCUUGAUAGGAAAUUAUUUCCAACGAAUGAAAUUACACAUUAAUUAAGUAUGACAACGAUUUAUAUAACUUUUAAUUCUUUUUGAAGAUCACGAAAAGUCACAUGUAAAAUAGAAAUUAUCACAGCUCAAAAACUUACCCUUGGCAGAACAAACUGUAUCAUAGUUUUCCUCAGGUACUAAUACUAUGCAUUAGGGAAGGCGUAAAUCCCAACCAAUUGCAAGUUCCCAGUGUCUCUUUUGAUUGAGGAACAGUUUUCACUGGAAACAACUAAUCCAAUAGUAAAAUAGACCUCUUGACAGAGGAUAUCAGAGGG